CGCAGCGCGAAUUUACCUCAGUAUUACUGUUUCAGAUUUUUUUUUGACGUUGAAAAUGUCCAUAUUUUGUUAAGAAGACCCUUCCGCUCACUUUUAUUUUCAUUCUGCACGACCAUAAUAUUGAUAACGACCACUCGAUAGGAAAACGAAAGCAACAGUUUCUUACACCCAUUCAUUAUUUCUGACAUAGCACUAUAUAAUUCUCUAAUAAAAGACAUAUACUUUCCCCAGCCUUCCCAUUUCUCUUAUAUGAGUGGAUCGGCAGCACAAACUGAUCGAUUGCAGAAAUCAGAUUCUGAUCUAUCAUUAUUAUUGUCAGACGCUUCAUCGCUAUCUUCAGCCGAUUCAGAUCAACCUGAACCGGUAAAGAAACCAAAUAAAAAGAAAAAGAUGUCGAAAAAGAAGAAGAAAGCAACAAAUAAUAAGAAAAAGAAAAGUACUUCGAAAACAGCACAACAGCAGCAGCAAUAUUGCAUUUGUCGUCGUGGUUAUAAUGGCAAAGAUUUUAUGAUAGAAUGCGAACAAUGUAAAGAAUGGUUUCAUGGAGCCUGCGUCGGAUUGGAUGCAACAGCAACAAUAGAUCGAUACAUAUGUAAAAAUUGCGAGCAUAACACAGAUGUUAGUAAUGUAGAAAAGAACCCACAGCAACAUCAAAGGGCGGGCAAGACCCUUUUAACUCCUUCUUAUGCAUCUAUCAACAAGUUGACACCUGAUUCCCAAGAAAAACCAACAAUUUUGCUUUCUAUUCCAAAACCACAAACUACUAUUGCGACGACAACAACACCCAUGCUAAACAAGGUGGCUACAACUUCGCAGCAAGUAUCACAAUCCAACAUAUCCGAGCAAGAACAGCGAACGAAUACAACAAUUUUGAACGACAGCAUGGAUGACGAUGACGAAAUGGAUGAUAUUUGCGUGUUAUGUGAAGGUGAUUGUGUUUGCGGCGCCGAACAGUCCACCGAGUCUGCCAUUCCCUCCCUCCUUCCUACAUCAGCCUUCUCAGCAGUAUCUUCUGUACUAUCCACUUCUUCCACAUCAGAAGCACCUGCUUUGGAAUCAGCUACUCCAGCUAGUCUUCCUCUCACACAACAACAGCAACAGGAAAAGAGACCUAGUUCAAAUCCAAUAUCACAAAGUCAAACCAAAAUUAUUAUUUCCCUACCGAAAAUGCACUCUAAAAAAAAGAAAAAGAAAUCAAAAAAAAAGCUGGCAGCAUCAUCUACUUAUCCAAAUAUAGGGCGAAGAAGCAGCCAGGCUUCAGUUAUAGAGAGGGAUGGGUUUGUUGAAAAAACCAUCCCUGACAAGAAAGGAAAAGACAAAAAGUCGGCGUCAGCAGCGACAAAGAACAGCCAUACAACAAAAAAGAACAAAAAGAAAAAGCAAAAUAAAGAAGAAGAGGCUAUGCCACAGAAAGUGCAGCAUAAAGGCAAAUCACCAACAGUACUUACUAAUAUUCUUCACAAUGCAAUGAUCUCACCGCUACUGAAAUUGGAAAUAAAUAACAAAGAUAUGCCCCGCUCAAAAGAUGGUGUAGAUUCGUAUGAAGAGGACGAAGAAGUUAUUGUUGACGAUUUGGAUGAUCUGUUAGAAACAAUGUCACCAUUAUCAGAGCAUCUUUCGAAUGAUAUUGUAGAUGAUGAAAAUUCACUAUCUGAAAAUGAGGAAUUUUUCACGGAUGAUAGUCUAGCAGAAGAGAAUGAGGAAGAUAACGUUUUGUUAUUAAGCGACACAGACGAUGGUUUUAUGGCAAUAUCCUCAGUUAGUAGUACUGAUGAGAUUGAUUCGGGUGACGAUGAAGAUAUCGAGAAUGAAGAAACACUUAAUAUUAUAAAUGAAUUGGAAGAAAAAGCGGACCAAGUAUACAGUGACAAUGAUAACGGCAACGCGGUUUAUGUAGAGGACGAUUACGAAGACGAAGAAGAUGAAGAGGAGUAUUAUCAGCAAUAUUAUGCUCAUGUUAAUAGUCGCUGGACCUCGUCAGACGAGGAAGAUGAAGAUGAGGAGGAGGAGGAGGAAUAUGAUUUUACUACCGCAACGGUUUCUCAGAAUGAAAAGCCUGAUGCAAAACUCGACACAUUCCACAAUAAUGGAAGUACUAAUAGUGUUUACAACAAUUUAACAGCAGCAUUUCUUCAAGCAUUAGCCGCAGCUGCAGCAACUUCAGAAGUAGGAGCUGCUUCAGGAACGGAUACUCCUUCUUUAGAUUUGACAAAUGCAUUAGCUGCCCUUUCGACCACACAAAGGUCUGUGUACGAUGACGAUAGCAACUCUUUGAGAAGACUUUCGUUGCCUAGUAGCGCUGUUUCUGCAGUACGAAGAAUGCGUGGAUCUCGAGAUUAUACUACGUCCGAAUCACUAAGAGCUCUUUCUGCUGUCACUGCAGACGAUUUGUCCUUCAUAUUAGAACCCAUUGAGGAAGCAGCUAACGAAGUAGUGUCAAGCAACAAUGGCGACAAUACCAGUAAUAUCUCGAAGUUAAGUUUUACUAGCAGCAGUGGCCCAAACGAUCAACAACAAAUUAUUGAUUUAAAUGGGGUUCACGAGCAACUUAUAGAUAUCCUUAAUAACAAUAUUCCUACAGCAUCUGCAAAUAAUUCACCUUUAAUAUCGCCCACUACACCCACUGUUAUUGAUAAUACUACCAACUCCUUAUUAUCUUCCUCACAGUAUACCUCUAUUUCUCCACAGCCAUCUUAUUCACCAUCUAUUUAUUCUCAAUCGUCUUCACGGCAAUUAUUACCGAAACCCUCUGGCAGUGGUUCCGUCUGUGAUGAUAACACUCUAAUUCAUACUUCCUCUACUAUUGUUAAUGUAUUGAGCUCACAGCAAACUCAAAGCAUUAGUGAAACUCCACUCAAUAAACGAAAAGCUGCCUUUGAUUCAAAUCAUUCCACAGCAGACGACUCAGUUGGAAUGAAACGCAGUAAAAUCACCAGAUCAAAUUCUUUUGAUCUUACAACUCCAGCCUAUUCAACAAAAAUCACCUCAUUUUCAACACCUGCUUCACCAACUAUGACCGCUGCUGCUAUUGCAACGCAUGAUCAGGCCGUAAAACAAAAUUCUGAUGACGAUACAGCAGUCUCUAUGGACGAAUUUUUGGACACAUCCAAAUUAUAUGCAGCCUCUGAUUCAUCACGUUCGCCUUCGCCUCUUCCACCAAUAGAAGAUGAUCCUUAUUCGCGGGAUCUCAGCCGCUGGCAACGGAUCCCAAUAGGGGCUUUUCGUUUAAUGAGAUUUAAAAAUAAGCUUUGGCUUGAUCGAUAGCCUCUUACCCACUUUGUCUGUAUCUUUUCUUUGGGUUUCCUUUAAUGUUAUAUUGAAAAGUGUCUCUCCUUCAAUUGUUGUAUAUAAUAAUAUUUAGACUUUUGUAUAAAGAAAUAAAAAUGUUUCCCUGAUCAUUUUAUGUACACAGUCAGUCUUGACUUCCUAGACAUCAUUUUCUUUCGCUGUUUCGCCUUCUAUUGUGGUUGUGUUUGAUGUUGAUUUUUUGUUUGCUGCCAACGCUUUUCUCCAACGCUCCUCCCUUUCUGCCUUCAUUUUAUCCAAAGCACUCCUUACUUCCUCUGACGUCGUUGGUGGUUUCUAUACAAUGAGCCAAACGGUUAGAUGGGUUCCGGUUCUAUCACUAUAGUACCUUU